UUACCAGGUCCGACCCCAGCCGGGCCAGCCGUAUAAAAGCAGCCUGGUGCCGGUGGCUCCAGUUGCCGGUGGACGUCCCAUGAUGAGGCCCCUGCUGGUGCUGCUGCUCCUGACCACCCUGUGCACUGCCCUGGCCCGGGCCCUGCACUGCCACGUGUGCUGUGGCCACGAGAACUGCGAGUCUCUAGUGGAGUGUGCCGUGACCGACAAGUACUGCCUGAUCACGCGGGCCACCAACCCGGGCGGCAUGCUGGUUAUGAAGUCCUGCGCCCCGACCUGCCCCAACAGCACCGUGUCCCCCGACGGCCGCGCCCUCUCCGUCACCUGCUGCCAGAGCAGCCAGUGCAACCGCAACGCAGCCUCGGGCCUGGCCGCCGGCCCCGGGGCCCUGUGGGCCAGCGCCUCCGCCGGCCUGCUGUGGCUGCUGCUCCAGGCCGCCUGGUGAGGCCCCGCCCUGGGCCUCUCCUCACCUGGGUGGCUCCCGCAUCCCUGCCCUGGCUGCCCCUCCCCCUCCCCUGUGCUGCAGAGAGAUGAGGACCACAGCCCUCCAGGGCUCGUGCCCAGGGAGGGACACCUCCCCCAGCCCCACCCGCCGCGAGACCCUCAGCACCCUGGUCGGUUCCCGGGGGCGCCCGGCUACCCAGGCACAGAGAGAGUUCUCCAGCCCUCCAGCAUCCUCCGCUGUCAUUUGAGGAAGUGGGAGGCGGGGCUGGGGGCUCCUGCCCCCUCAGGCCCUUCCCGGCCAGACCCCCCCUCCAUGGCCCCUUGGACCACCUCCUGUGAACACAGCAGCAGGGAGAACAGGACUGCGAGCUUGGGGUCCCUUCAGUUCUCUAUGCAUUCUCCAGGCACCCUGCUGUCACCCCACGUACCCACCCAGCACCCACCCAGCAUCCAUCCAGCCACCCACCCAGCCACCCACGCACCCACCCAGCCAUCCACCCACGCACCCACCCAGCCAUCCACCCACGCACCCACCCAGCCAUCUACCCACGCACCCACCCAGCCACCCACCCAGCCAUCCACCCACGCACCCACCCAGCAUCCACCCAGCCACCCAUCCAGCAUCCACCCAGCAUCCACCCAGCCACCCAACCACGCACCCACCCAGCCACCCACCCAGCCACCCAACCACGCACCCACCCAGCCACCCACCCAGCCAUCCACACGCCCACACACCACCCAUGCACACGCCCACGUGCCCACCUAUCCACUGAUGUACCCACCCACCCACACACCCACCCAGGCACACUUCUCGCUAAUGCCCUCAUUCUCUCCUGGGUGCCACCGGCCAGCACUACACUGACCCCUAACAGGCCUGCCUCCCGGGACUUCCCAGAGGCUCCGUCUGCUGCCCAGAACCCCGGCGCCCGUCUGGACAAAGGCAGCCUGCCUAAAGAUCCCCCGGCUCCCGGGGUGGGGGCUGGGUCACCUUGGAGUUGAAGGGCUGGGUCACCUGGGGCGUGACCGCCAUCCUCCCUCCCCCAGCCGCGCCGUCGGCCAGUGCUUCCUCUGUCGUGAGAAUAAAACUGUAUGGUCUGUGA